GCCCUCACGCGCUACCGCGAACGCACUUUAUACGAAAUGUUUCGAACGCUUAACUUGCAGCUCCUGGUUUGCGUAGUUCUCUGGAAAUUCGCGUGUUCCUGCGACGUACCGAGUGCGACCACGGUCGGGGGUACUUACGCUGUUCAAGGAACUAUCUGUCCUGGAGAUGUAAUUUUCGAAGAAACGUUCGACACGUUCGAUUUGAGAAAAUGGUCCCACGAGAUUACACUGAGCGGUGGCGGGAAUUGGGAAUUUGAGCUGUACAGCAACAACAGAACCAACAGUUUCGUGGAUAACGGAUACCUGCAUAUACGGCCGACACUUUUAGCUGACGACGUCGGAGAGGCUUUCCUCAGUUCAGGCACGUUGGAGGUCAAUGGAGGGGGACCUGGAGAUCAAUGUACAAACCCCAUGUCGUACGGUUGUCUGCGAACGGGAACCCCUAGCAACAUCCUGAACCCAAUAAAAAGUGCCAGAAUCAGAACGGUGGAUUCGUUUUAUUUCAAAUACGGAAGACUGGAAGUGAGCGCGAAAACACCAUCCGGAGAUUGGCUGUGGCCAGCCAUAUGGAUGUUACCCCGCUUCAAUCAGUACGGGAGUUGGCCCGCUUCCGGCGAAAUCGACAUACUCGAAAGCAGAGGAAACAAAAACUUGGAAUUGAACGGCGUCAACAUCGGUACCCAACAAGUGAGCACUACCCUCCAAUGGGGACCGAACUCUAACUAUAAUAGAGACUACCAGACCCAUUACGAGAAGAAUUUGGCCGAAGGCUACGACACCGGUUUCCACAAGUACCAACUCGAAUGGACCCCCGAUAAAAUCGCCGUUUCAGUGGACGAUGUAGAAAUUGCAAGCGUUGCACCGGAAGAUAACUUCUGGAAUUACGGCAACUUUCAAAACAUCAACCUGGACAAUCCUUGGAAGGCGGGGUCCAAGAUGGCACCGUUCGACCAGGAAUUCUACCUGAUCAUUAACCUCGCCGUGGGAGGAAUCAACUAUUUCGACGACCAAGCGACCAAUCCCGGAGGAAAGCCGUGGUCCAACACGUCUCCUACCUCCGCCACCGAUUUUUGGAACGGAAGGAACCAAUGGGGUCCCACCUGGAACACUCAGGAGGGCAGUUCCGAUUUCGUCGUCGACUAUGUGAAAAUUUUCGCCAUAUAAUAUUUAAAUCGGUAUUAAUAAACGAAUGGAAAUAAA